AUGGAUUCUCGGUUCCCCGUCUUUCGUGAAGAAUUGUACAAUGUCCAGAUGGACGUGAAACAGCUUGCGCAUGUCCAGAGCAGUCAUGCCGAGAGACUCGCCCGACUCGAGAAGCACCAAGCAAACGAGUCGGCCAUGAAGUCUGCUUGGAACUCACCCUUCCCUAGCGCUAUCGGAGGCACUCCGCAGCACGGCCCUAUUCAAAUGCCUACAGACGACCUCUUUGAUGAUUUCGACGAGGAACAGGGUCAAAACUUGCUGGGAAGUCUGCAUCUCGAUGCCGAGGAAGAACCUGUCAGACGUGGUGCCGCCUCGAGAGCGAACAGUGUUCGCUUCGACGAGAGCGCUCUUCAGGGUUCCAGCUGGGCUCAGAAUGGACGACAAUCAGGUGAAUUCGUUCCUAUAAGGCCAGGCAGUGGCAUGGGAAACAUGAUGGAACGAACGCUUUCUCACAAGUCCGAUGGUCGACACAGCUCUGCCGGUUAUUCUGUACAUUCGGUCCACUCCCACCAUUCCAUAGCGUCGGGUCGUGGCAGUAGUAUUGGGUUGGAUACCAAUUACGCAACAACCGGUUCUGAGGACGAUUCACCUAUUGACACUCCAGCACCACCUCCAGGCUUCUUCAUCCUUGGCUCCGUGCCAUCCAUCGUUCGUUGCUGGUUGACUACCAACUUUGCUCACGAGACGCUCCUAUAUGCUGAUAUAUGCACUGGGUCUCAGCAGUCCGUGCUUGAAUACUCCCUGAUCAAGGAAUUGGAUCUGGCAGAUGAGGUGCACAAGGAUCUCGACGGUGUACACCGCAUUCGUCUCCCUGUCUACCUAACCGAAGCGACUGUCACACAUCCAAGCUCAAGAAAUGUUAUUCCUGCGCCGCAAAUGCCAAAUCUAGUUGCCAGCUUCGAAGUCAUCGGACUUGAACAGCUAGAGAGUGCCGAGCUGAAAAAGAGCAUAAGAAUAUUCAUUGGAAGUGAAACGCUGAGGGAGCACUCAGCUGAUAUCCUGUUUUCUCAGAACCGCAUGACCCUAUACGGCAGCGAACGGGAGAAGUUGUCUGUGCCAUUUGUCCGUCCGGAGGAUCAGAGCACCUUUAAGCAUAUUCGCACAGUGGCCGUGUUGCCUGAGAAGCCGAGACUGAAUGCCACCGCACGACCGUUUGUUCUGGGUGACUCGAAGGCACCGUCAGGCACAGAUGUUCCAGUCAAUGGAGUCGGCGAGGACGACGCUCACGGCACGCCUAUCCUGGGUUUGCAAUCUCCGCCGUCUGAGACUCCAAGCAGACCAAUCGCUGAACGAGUUCCGAGCAAUUUCUCUGAUGUGGUAGAUGAUGGAGAGAAGCAGAGCAGAGAGGAGAUUGGAGGUGUCGGGGCAGCCAGCCAGGAUCACUCUGUCUCAGGUGACAACCAAAGUGAGACGCCCAGCGAUUUUCAGCGUCAGGAAUCGAGUGCAAGCGGUAUUUGGUCGUCGUGGAGGCAAGGCGCUUCUGCAAACAGCUCUGACCCGAAAGAGAAUGCGUCGCUCAGUGGAUAUCAGCCAGCCGGCCGAGCACGAAAUAUGAAAGUUCUGAAACCCAGCAAAGCGAGCGCUUCAACCUCUGCUCGAACGGGGGCUGCUUACGAGCCGCCACCGCCGAGACCAAGUGGUGAGAAUCGUCGCAAGAGCCAACCCCUGGAGAACAUUCCUCCCGGCGUGCUCAGAUGGGGCAAGUCAGAUCGUGCACCUGCCAUUGGGUCCGAAAGAACAUCGACCGCUUCGUCAGAAGCCAAGCCAGUAACUAUAUUGUCUCGUGAGACACGCAGCGUAUCGUCCGCAUCCCGAACCUCUGCGAACCCAUUGGGUGGUGCGUCGGCAUUUUCGUUCCUCACGCCCAUGAAUAAGCCCAAGUCGUCGACCACUGCUGAGUGA